CAUUAAGUUUACAUUUUGUUAUAGCACAAAUAAAAAUAGAUUACCAAGGCGAACAUAGAAAUUAUGGAGAUCAUGCAAAGAUUCAAGAGCACGUAAGGAACCAUCUAAAAGACGUCCCACAUCCCGAUGAGAUAUCAGAAGAAGACGAAUUAUAUUACCUUUUCUCAAUUCAUGAUACUAAUAAUGACGGUCAUUUGGAUGGUCACGAACUUCGUGGAGCGUUUAUCGAACAUGAAUCUGAUGAUGAUUCAAAUAAAAAUCUUUUGACAAUCGAAGAAAUUGUCGAAAUGAUCGAUCAUGUGUUAUUAGAAGAUGACAUGAACAAUGACGGCAAAAUAAGUUGGGAUGAGUAUCUAUUAUCACAAACAUAUCACGAAGCUUAG